AUAUGUACAAACGAGAACGGUAUUAGGCCCCAAGUGGGACCGGACCAAGCUUAUCACCAGCCCAUUCCACAUUCAGAUUGUUUCUUCGACUCGGCGGAUUGUGGAACCUCAGAAGAAGGGUCAAGGACUCUGAGAGAAGGCAAGGAAAGGAGGAGCAAGAAAUCGGAGGAAGAUGAGGAAAGGAAGGAGAUCAAUGGCGCUAUUGGUGCUGAUGUCACUGUGGUUUUUCCCUAAUUGUCUUGCUUACAGACCAGGUGACAUCGUCCCCAUGAGCAUGAUGGGUCAAUACCACUCUACCAGAACUGGAUGGCAAGAUAUGAUUGGUCGACAUUGCCCAAUCUUUGCAGUAAAUCGUGAGGUAUUGCUUCCUAUUCAGAAGCCGACGGGUUACACAGGUGCUGAUCCACUCAAAAUUUCAUUUCAAGUUGGAAGAGAAAAGUUUUCAGUUCCAUGGCUUUUUGUGAUAAAUCGUAAAAGUUCUGAGGUUCCAUUGAUUGAUAUUUAUUUGAGGUACUCAGGAAGUGAUUUACUUGGUGUUACUGCUAAAAUUGUGGAUAUGCCUCCCACGUAUGUUGCAAUUCAUCCAAACAUUCGUGAACAAUUCUGGAAUGCUCAACACUGGCCAAAGCAUGUACUUGUCAGAUAUUCAUGGGAGGAGCAAUCAGAGAUUGAUGUGAAUUCUGGAUUUUAUGUUCUGUUUGGAUCAGGUCUCUUGCUUUCUUUUAUUCUCACGAUCUACGUCCUGCAAUCAUCAAGGGACAAGUUAGCGAGGUUUGUGAAGGAGACUGUUGCAGAAAGCAGCAUGCCUGUUGUAGGUGUGGCAAAGGUUGAAUGAUAAAACCCUCAAGAGCUUUAUAAGAGAUUGUUUGCUUCUGCUGUGAAAAUCUGUCUUCCUGCAAGGAAAGGAAACUGAUUGGAGGAAGUUGUUACGUGAUUUUAUUCGGGUUUUGGUGUAUUUACGCAGAACCAGAGAAUAUAGUAAUCAGAGUUGUGCAUGCAAUCUAAUCUGAAAGAAUAUGUAUAACCUGAAUGAUUGUAUGCACUUGUGUUAAUUUUCACAGGACAUGAACCUCAAGAAUGUUGAAUUAAAUCCAUUCUGGUUAAUAGAAUGUAGAAACAUUAUCAGUUUUGCUCAUUGA